AUGGUGCGUGAACGUGUCAACUCCAUCCGGCCUGGGAUAACUAGGGAGGGCCCCCGCCCCAUAGACGGAACAAUCACUUUCCCACCAGUAGACCCCACACGGAUAUUGCGGCCACACCGUGAUGCCCUCAUUCUAUCCUUAGGAAUGGACAAGUUCGACGUAAGACGCAUCUUAAUUGACUCAGGCAGCUCAGCCGAUCUGGUGCAAGCAUCGGUCAUAAGCCACAUGGGACACAAUUUAGUUGGUCUCGAAAACCCUGGAAGGAUUUUGUCCGGAUUCAACGGGGCAUCAACUAUUUCCUUGGGAGACAUCGUGCUGCCAGUCCAAGCUGGCCCAGUCACUCUCAACGUUCAAUUUUCGGUGGUACAAGAUUUAUCACCCUUCAAUGUUAUCUUAGGGCGCACAUGGCUGCACUGCAUGAAAGUCAUCCCCUCCACGUAUCAUCAGAUGGUAAGCUUUCUUACUAAGGAUGGGCAAAUCAACCUGUACAGCAGCCAGCUAGCCGCCCGCCAAUGCUACCAGAUAGCAAGAAAAGCAGGGACCAGUCAGGAGAAUGAACCCCUCCUUGAGUCCACUCGCGCACUUUACCAAUAG